UCAUUAGUACAUAGGUACAGCUUUCUAAGAUGCCAUUAUUUAUUAAUAUAUGUAUUCUCAUUUAACAGUGAAAAAAUGAAUAAAGACGUUAUUGCCUUUGAGUGUGACCCAAAUUUUUGUAGUACUUGUGGUGCAAUAUUACCAUUGCCUGACCAAUCAGAUACUAUUCGGUGUAAAUCAUGUGGUUCUGUCAUCAAUAUCAAAAGUUUGGAAGGUGUAGAGAUUCAUUCGUUUAAAAAUUAUAAUCAAGAUAAAAUUAAAAGUGCAGAAGAAUUAGCUCGAUUAAAAGCUGUAACUACUGAUGUAGAAGAUAAAGGACCCAUUGUGAAAAGACAAUGUGGAAAAUGCGACCAUAAUAAAAUGACAUAUGUAACAAGACAAACAAGAUCUGCAGAUGAAGGACAAACUGUAUUCUAUACUUGUCUUAGGUGUCACUUUACUGAAACAGAAUAUUCCUAAUUUUGCACAUAUAUUUGUUUUUGUUUUUAGCUUCCUUAUGGUUUAUUUUUUGAUUACUGAUGCUGGUAAUGUAGUUGUGUUAUGCUUGAGAUAAUUCUUCACAA